UGGUACUGGGCUGGGCACUGGGCAUUGGGCUGGGCACUGGUCUGGGCACUGGGCUUGGUACUGGUCUGGGCAUUGGGCCGUGUAUUGGGCUGACCAAGCCAUGACUCUGCCAGAGAUGCCCUACUAAGGGGGUGAGGACCCUGCCCUACUGCCCCAUGGGAGCACUGACCUGCUUAGGGACCUCCCUGGAUUAUGUCUCCUGAGGGGACCCGGGGGCACGGUCUCUGCGGACCGGGCUGAAACUUCCCUGGCACCAAACUGGGCAAAUACUCCAUGUGGCACAUGUGGGCACCUGCCUGACUGACCCCCCAACACAAACACAGUUGGACCCCACGUUGGGCACCGUCCCUGCCAGGCAGAGCUUCCCCUGCUCAGGAAUUUGGCUGCCUGCCUGCGAGGAGCCCCUGCUUGUCCGGAUAAUUGCACCGGGGAGUAACUGCACCGAGUACUGGGAGCUGCAGGAACCCCCAGACGGGUACAAUGUUUGGGCAUUUGGGCACAGCCAGACUUUCCUUAUGAGCACAAGUUGGCACUUCUGUUGGCACUUCCCUCACUCACUAUGGAGUCUGCUGCUUCUCUUUGUGUCUGUGACCUCCUGUAACUCCCUGGACACUCCCUGCGCCCCCCUACUGAGGACUCUGCUGACCAUGCUCUGCUGGUUCCGGCUCCUGCUCCCUGCCGUGUCUUUGCUUCUGGCUCUGCAUUGGGUUUCUGCGCAAGCCGACGAGUGCAGUGAGCGCUGUGAUCUCUAUCACGGACACUGUGACCAGGACAGAAUGUGCAGGUGUGACCCUGGCUGGGACGGGGAGUUCUGCGAGGACUGUGUGAGGAUGCCAGGCUGUGCCCAUGGAUCAUGCCACCAACCCUGGCAAUGUAUGUGCCACAACGGCUGGGCUGGCAAGUUCUGUGAUAAAGACCUGCACUUGUGCAACCAUUCGGACCCCUGCCAGAACCAGGGCGAGUGCCUCAUCGACCACGACGGGGAAUUUUCCUGUAUCUGCCCAGAGCCUUUCUAUGGCAGGACCUGUGAGCUGAAGAGGGGGCCGUGCGAGAAAGCAGGAUUUCCGUGCCUGAAUGGAGGAAGUUGCCACGACCGCAGCGGCUUUGCGAACACCUUCACUUGCCGGUGCCUGGCCGGAUACACCGGGGAGCUUUGCCAGAUGGAUGUGGACGACUGCCUGAUGCGACCUUGCGCCAACGGGGCGACGUGUCACGACGGAAUCAAUCGCUUCUCGUGCGAGUGCCCAUCUGGCUUCCAGGGGCGGUUCUGCACCAUCAACAUCGAUGACUGUGCGGGGCAGCCGUGCCAGAACAAUGGGCGGUGCUAUGACCGUGUGGGGGACUACGAAUGCUACUGCCCAGAGGGCUUCAUGGGAAAGUCUUGUGAGAUUCCCAUCCCCAAACCUACGUGGGACGAGGAGCUGCGGGCGUCGACUAAAGACAGUGAAACCGCGCACGAGCGCAGCCGGGUCACUCGCCCACCGCUGGUCAGAACGUUGGAUACUGGCCGAAAGAGCCAGGGCACCAUCUCAGUCAAGGAGGUGGUGAUGCAGGUGGAGAGGAGUCUGACCACGUUGCAGCUGGUACUUGUGAUCGUGUUUGGAACUAUAACUGGCAUUGCCAUCUUCUCCACCAUUACCGUAGUCCUGGUGUAUAGGAACAGAAGUGCCAGGCAGACUGCCCAUCAUGGCUACGGUUUAUCAGCGGCAAAGACACAAUAUCAGGAAUGCCAGGGCUCCUCCCCCGACCAUCGUAAAACCACAGAGUUGUGAUGCCAGGAGAGGGAGGGGUGAAUAUAAUGGGGAAAAGUGACCAAGAAUCUGUGUGGGUACGGGCUGAGCUGCCUCAGCCCCAAUAGGAACCUCCCCCUGGGUAAGUGAAUCCAAUCUCCCCCAGUACUUACCCAGGUACAGAGCUCUGAUUCUCUGUACUU